AUGACAUUCCGCUUAGCUAGAAGUCUUGUAGGCGCUGCCCGUCUGCGACCAGCGCUCUCUGCACAAAGUUUACCAGCGCUCAAUAUAUCACUCACAAGUCACAGGCCUUUUUCGGGUGUCCCUUCGGAAGAUCCGAAGAAGAAGGCUCAGUCGAUUCUGGAUACGUUGCCUGGAAAUUCGUUAAUCUCCAAGACAGCAAUUCUCUCGACAACUGCAGGUGUCGCAAUUUAUGCACUUAGUAAUGAGUACUACGUAGCUAAUGAAGAGACUGUUGUUGCAUUUUGCCUAUUGAGUAUCUGGACUGCUGUCUUCAAGUUCGGAGGACCCAUGUAUAAGGAAUGGGCAGAAAGUCAAAUUAACAAGAUCAAGAAUAUUCUCAACUCCGCUCGGGCUGACCAUACAGAAGCUGUCAAGAGCAGGAUUGAAAGUGUGAAGCAACUCGGGGGUGUUGUGGACAUUACUAAGACCCUCUUUGAAGUCUCAAAGGAAACUGCCAAACUUGAAGCUCAGGCAUUCGAACUUGAACAGAAAACUGCACUCGCUGCUGAAGCCAAGGCUGUACUUGAUUCAUGGAUAAGAUACGAGGGACAAGUAAAAUUACGAGAACAAAAAGAAUUAUCUGAGAAAGUAAUUGCAAAUGUUAAGAAAGAGCUCCAAAAUCCCAAAGUUCUCCAGCAGAUUUUGCAGCAAAGCGUUUUGGACGUCGAAAGAAUCGUACAGUCAAAGGCACAAUAG